AUGCUAGGUGAUUUCAAAAUAAAGAAGAAAUGCAAAGUGACAAAUGCAAGAGUCUCAGAGUUUGAGCUAAACGAUGUAAAACUUGAGUUGCCUAUAUUCAUGCCUGUUGGAACAUAUGGUGCGUUGAAAGGAGUCUGCUCUGCCGACAUUAAGGAAAGCAUGAUAUUAGCGAAUACAUACCACUUACGUGACUUAAAGAAAAGCGUCAAAGAGUUUAUGUCGUACAACAGAGGCAUGCUGACCGAUUCAGGUGGAUUCCAAAUAGGAAGUCUUCCUGAUGUAUCUGUUUCUGAAGACGGCGUGUUUUUUGCAGAGAAGCUUUUUACACCAGAGGAUAGCAUGGAAAUCCAAAGAGAGCUGGGUGCCGAUAUAAUCAUGCAGCUUGAUGAUGUUGUGAAUCCGUGUGAUGAAAGAAACAAGAUUGAGGUAUCGAUGCGAAGAUCGAUCCGUUGGCUUGAUAGAUGCAUUAAGACGGUUAAUUCAGGUACAAAUAUCCGCAUCCAGGGCAAAAAGAGAACUAAAUUAGAAGAUGCCCCACAUAUAGAAAUCAACGAACAUAGCAAGCAGAUCCUGUUUCCAAUAGUCCAAGGUGGCUUGCACGAGGAUUUAAGACAGGAAAGCAUCAAUGAGAUCCUUAAGAGAUCACCAAAAGGAAUUGCAAUUGGAGGAUUGAGUGGUGGAGAAGAAAAGACAGAAUUUGCAAGAAUAAUCGACUAUUGCAUAAGGAAUCUCCCGGAACAUAUGCCAAGGUACUUAAUGGGUGUAGGCUAUCCCGAAGACAUUGUUGUGUCUGUUGCACUUGGAAGUGAUAUGUCAGACUGUGUAUAUCCAACAAGGACAGCUAGGUUUGGAAGAGCAUUUUCAGACACAGGCGAUGUCUGCUUUUCUUCAAAGUUUGUGCUUGAUACUAGGAAGAUUGAUGAUGAUUGUGAAUGUUUUACAUGCUCAAAAUAUUCAAGAGCAUUUCUAUGGUCAAUCAAAGGAACCACAAACUUCUGCAUGCUGCUUACAGCGCAUAACUUGCAUUAUAUGAAAAACCUUACAAGAAGAAUAAGAGAAGCCAUACAUGAUGAUUGUUAUCCUGAGUUUAUUAAGUCUUUCAUGUUGAAAAAGUUUGAGGUUGUUCCCGAGUGGAUAAAAGCAGCCCUUAAGAUGGUUAGCGUUGAUAUUGCAUAA